AUGUCCUCUGUCCCGUGCCGUGCAUACUACUCCUCUCCCAGACUUUCCUUGGAUUUUUUGUUUCUUUUUAAUUUCUCGUUCGUCCAUCUCCGUUAUCUCUGAAUUUGGAGGCAGAACUGAAGAGAGAGCUAGAAGCGGGUGACCCAUGGCUUCCAGCAAGCGCGAAUACGAGGACUUCGUGCCUCCGCACAAAACGGAGCGCGAGCCGGCCACCCACACCCUCACCGUCAACCUCUCCGGCCAAGGGUUCAAGAAGGAGCACGUCAGGGUGCAGAUGGUCCACAGCCAACGGCGCCUGAUCGUGCGCGGGGAGCGCCCCGUCGACGGCAACCGCUGGAGACGCUUCGGCCUCGAGCUCCUCGUCCCCGACGGCUGCGACGCCAAGGCCAUCCACGCCAGGUUCGAAAACGGCGUCUUCCGCGUCACCAUGCCUGCCGUCCCGCCGGAGCAAGUCCCGGUCGUCGCCAGCGCUGCGAAGCAAGACGGUGGUGACCGUGCCGCGCGAGGGCGAGAAGACAACAAGCACGAGACGCCGCGGAAGCAAGAAGCGAGGCAGCGCGUGGUGAGCUCGGCCAGAGACCCCGGCGGUAGUAGCAGCAAGAACGACGGCGCCGGUGGCGGUAGCAGCGCUCCUCCGUCGUCAUGCCAAGGCUUCCUCAGCAAUCCGAAGAUGGCCACCACUGUGCUUGCCGUGGUGCUCGUCCUCAUCAGCCUCGGCAUCUAUGUCAAGAACAGCGUCUGGCCGUAAACUCCGUCCUGGCGCGUGCAUAUGUGUGGUAUACGGGAUGUGGUAACGAUUCCUGGACGCAGUUGGUGAAAGUUCCUCGCGUACGGUACGUAUCGAAGCGAUUGGAGGGAUAUGUGUGUUUAAUUUCAUUUGUUUCUAGAAAAUGAGCGAAAAAAAUGAUUUACCUGCAAAUGCUGCAAGAGC